AUGGCUCGCCAUCUCUGUAUUGCGAUGAUAUCCGACUUCUUCCACCCCGCAAUUGGUGGUGUUGAGAGCCACAUCUACAUGUUAUCUGCUCAACUUCUUGGUCUCGGCCACAAGGUCAUCGUGGUCACGCAUUCCCAUCCUCCAACACAUAUUGGCGUUCGCUACCUCCACCCUGGCGUCAAAGUCUAUUACAUCCCUUUUCCGCCGAUUGCCUCCAACGCGACGUUACCGAACUUCUUCACCUUCUUGCCAUAUUUGAGGACUAUUGUCAUCAGGGAAGGUGUCGAUGUCAUUCAUGCCCAUGCGAGCUUGAGCAGUCUCGGCCACGAGGGAAUCCUACAUGCGCAUCUUUUUGGGCGAGAAGGAAGAGGCAAGGAGGUCAAGACCGUUUUCACGGAUCACAGUCUUUUUGGCUUCGCGGAUGCUGCCAGUAUUCUGACCAACAAGCUGUUGGAAGCCACGCUGUGCCAUGUCGAUGCUGUCAUAUGCGUGUCACAUACCGGGAGGGAAAACACGGUCUUGCGCGCAAACUUGAUGCAUCGUAUGCUUCAACCCGACCCGAGUGUAUACGUCAUACCGAACGCGCUCGUCGCCGACCAGUUUAAACCCGCCGAAGUACCACCUCCCAGCACUGACACCAUAACGAUCGUCGUCGUGUCGCGCCUUGCGUACCGGAAAGGCAUUGACCUCCUUGUUGCUGCCGCGCCCAGGAUAUGCGCCGCUGCACCGGAUGUGCGGUUCGUUGUUGGCGGCGAUGGCCCGAAGAUGAUCGACCUCCUCCAGAUGCGCGAGAAGCACUUCCUACAGGACCGUAUAGAGCUACUUGGGCGCGUGGCGCCUCAGGGUGUGCGUGAUGUUCUCGUCCGUGGCCACAUCUUUCUGAACACGUCUUUGACCGAGGCCUUUGGCAUAGCUAUUCUUGAAGCCGCGUGCGCUGGACUAUAUGUUGUAUCGACGAGAGUUGGAGGCGUGCCGGAGAUCUUACCUGAGGAUAUGAUCAGCUUUGCCGGAGUCAGCGAAGACGAUGUGUUUCAUGCUACGAUGCACGCCCUUUCCAUCAUUCGCGAGGGUAAACACAACCCUCAACAUGCGCACGAGCGAGUGCGAGGAUUUUACGAUUGGUCGCGCGUCGCGAAGCGGACGGAGAGGGUAUACGAGGACGUCAUGAAGAAGGAAGGGGAGGAAAUCUGGGACCGGAUCGAGCGAACAAUGGGAUUAGGGCGGUUCGCAGGCCCGAUCUUCACCAUCAUCUUGAUCGUCGACUGCCUGUGGUUCGCGUUCUUGGAAUGGUGGAUCCCGAGGAAAGACAUCGAAGUUGUCGAGGAGAGCUGGGAUGUAGAUGCCUUUGAGGAUGCCAGAAACCGAUGGGAGGAACGGAUGCAGAAGUCGCCCGACGACCGGAAGGGAGGCCAGUGA